UUUAGUUUUCAAUAUACUUAUGACGUUAUUUAUUUCAACAGGGAUUGCAUUAGACAACACAGUGAAGGAGGCCGUCCAUGACAGUGGUAUAGAAGUUGGCAGUUAUAUGUACGAGCUUUAUCCGAAGAUGUGUGAACUGUUGAUAAACUCUAAAAGUGACAAUACUGUUAAAUCAUAUUUUAAUUCUUACAAACGAUGGGAACGUUUCAUUACUUUACAAGGACACAAAUCUUUGCCAGCUCAGCCAGUUCAUGUUGCACUGUAUUUAACACAUUUAUUGAACAAUAAUUCUACUUGUCACCCUAUUUCGAACGCAGUGUAUGGUAUAAAAUGGGCACAUGAGAUAAAUGGUCUAAGCGAUCCUACAUCAAACACUUUUGUAACAUCAAUUCUUGAAGCAUCUAAAAGAGUAGCACCAAAAAAGACAGAGAAGAAAGAUCCAAUUACUCCGGAAACUUUAAUCGAACUUUGUGAUAUGUUUAAAAAUUCUUUAGAUUUACUUUUUGUAAGGGAUUUGGCAAUGAUGAUUUUGAGUUUUUCAGGAUUUCUUAGAUAUGAUGAGGUCAGUUCGUUACGCUUUUGUGAUGUAAAAGUACAUGAAUCUCAUUUAAUUUUGUGUAUCGAAAAAAGCAAAACAGACCAAUAUAGGCAAAGUUCUGAAGUCUUGAUUUCCAAGGGUAAUUCAUCUGCUUGUCCUUACACAAUGUUUCUAAGGUACACUAGGUUAGCAGGUCUCCAUUCGUUCAGAUCCAGUGGGGCAACAAUGGCGGCAAACGCUGAUGUUAGUGACAGAUGCUUAAAGAAGCACGGUAGAUGGAAGUCUGACUCUAGUAAAGACGGUUACAUAGUAGAUUCCACUGAAAAACGUUUGAAGAUAUCUAAGGUAUUAGGCCUAUAG